AUGUCGGCCAUAGCAACAAUGAAGGCCCUGGUCGACGCAGAAAAGAGGCGAGCUACUACUGCAUCGUCCCUGCGUCGACCCUUUUCCCUCCCAGAAGAGCAGUCACACAACAGAUCAGUUCCGCCUGCACCUUCCCAACAGCCAGUCCCCUCUUCGAUGUCGACUUUGGACUCUUCACCGGUAGCAUCCUCGACAGCAAUGGUCUUCCCUCCUCCACUGGAAGUUAUCCCAGUCGUCCCAAAACUCAACACAACACCAUCGUCAGCAGGCUUCUACUCAGACUCGGCCAACUCGUCCGCCUCAUCUUCGCCUACCCUGGGCUCUCACGAUUCUGUCACCUUUACCUUUAGCUCUCCUCUCUUUUACGACCAAAAACUCUAUAUCUAUCGCAUCCUCCUCGCCAUCUACAAACAACUCGCCAGAUGUAUCGAGGAACACCCCCUCGUCCUCUUGAUGCUCCAGUACUCUGUCGCCUUGAUCCACGGUUUCACAGUCUAUCUUGUCUCGGUCAUCCUCUCUGUCGCCCAGCUCAUCAUGAUUGCCUUCACGAUCGAAAAUCUGGACUGGAUCCAAUCAUACAAGCCAUUGAUGUGCGAGUGGGACAGUCAUUUCCCUGGAUUCGUCUUUCCUGCAUUGGAUAUCGACUCGGAAGAGGAUGACGAUGAUGCCUAUGCAUCCAAGACUAUCUCACGGGUUCACAAGGGCGGACGGUACUGGCAGGCCCAGGCCACCCUCAAGACUGGCGACGACUCGGCUGAUGAUGGCUAUCACUCAGAGGAAUCCCAAAAGCAGUUGAUCGUUCGCCAGUCCAUGAACUCGACCUUGCGUAAGCGUCUCGCCAAGUACCAGAACUGGGUUCCGUUACUUUGGUCACCGGAGGAGAGCAGCAUCCAGGAAGCCUCGGAGGAUACUGAGGAAGAGCAAGGACCCAAUGAGACUGAGGACCACUAUUCGGCCAGGAUACGUCGCGCACUCGUCCGCACACUAUCGGGAGGCGACUACCAGCCAACCAAGGGCAAGCGUCGUGUCACAUUUAACGAGCAGGUCAUGAUCUUUGGUCGCAGGCGAUCGAGUCAAGUUUCUCAGGAGUUUCCUACCGGCGACGAGUCAUUGUCUUUCACAUAUUCUAGUGUCUCUUCCGAUGCGGUCAAGUCUUCGACGACGUCAGCCUUGCAUACGGAGCAGGCAUCUUCGACUGUCAUGGUCGUCAAGGAGCAUCAGAGUUAUUCGUCGACUGGAAUUAUGACCGCCUCGGCCACGACCACCUCUCCCAUGGACCGUGAGAAAUUGGCGACACUCACACACGAGGAGGCCGAGUACCAGCAAAGAACAGCAUCAGAGGACACCAAUGGCUCUGGAACUUCUUCUCCAACUUUUACUCCAACAUCCUCCGCCGAGUCUGCAUCGACCGUUUCUACUACAUCAUCUUGCUCGGCUGCAGUCAAGUCUGCGACUGCCAGGGUCAUCAAGCAAUCGGGUGACCUCCGUCGGUCGAGCUCUGUCCCUAUGAAGAUUGGAUCCUUUCUCAAUCGGCACCAGACCAGCAACCAGGAGCCAAGGGGCACAUUCCCUUGUCACUCUUCUACCUUCUCAGAGUCAAGCACGGUCUCUCAGAACCCACGCGUACUUCCGGAUCAUUUGGAGCCUCAGCAGGAAAACAAGCAGGAAGCGGUCUCACCUCGAUCGUCAAUGUCCUUGGGAACCCGUGCCAAGCGUUCCUUCUCUCUCGCCCUCCCUCGACCCAACAACAGCAACAACAGCAACAGCGCAGCAUCUCUUGUCGCAUCAACAGAACCCAACAACAAGGACCCUUCACUUCUCGAUCGCCAAGGGUCUGCGACCAAGAAGAACUUUAUGUAUCGGAUCGUUCACCCUCAACGUUACAGGCGCGAGUUGGAGCAGCAGCUUACGGAUCGGGAACGUCAGCGACUCUUGACUCUGGCUCACCUCCAACGCGAUCAUAUCUUGGCUGAGGAUUCCUUGGACCCCAACGCUCGCUUUUCUUCCACGGAAGCUGCAGCAGCGCUCCGCUCAUCCGAUUCUGUCCUUUAUGGCGAUCCUUACUACUAUGCCACCUCGGCCGAGUACAUUGAGGGUCUGGGUGCCCCUAACUCAGUGAUCUCAACCUCAUUCGGAACAUCAUUCCCGGAAGAGCUCCAGCGCCAUGGCAGGUCGUCUUCAGGAUCCAAGGGUCGCUCCAAGGUAACCAGGCCAGCCUCGUACGACUUUGACUGCAGACCUGUUGAAGUCCAUACAGCAGCGUGUGGGUAUGGAUCUGAGGGCGAGACGGACCCGAGUAGGAUGACGGGCAAGUUGGAAAAGUCCAUGUCGAUAGGACCUCACCAUGGAUUCUUUCGACGCGAGAGCAAGAAGAAGAACGAGGGCAUCGUCCAGGACAGAACCCAGUCUCCAAACCGCCUUCAGCAACUGUUCCCGCACCCUGGACACAAAAAGUCGCACUCGUCGUCUUCGUCUCUCGAAGCGGUUGUAACUGCGGUCACCAAGGAAGCCGGUGCUCUGGAUGCGUCAGCUGUGCCCAGCCAAGGAGGUCGCUCCACCCCACCCAUCUUUUCGUCCCCUACUGCCGCCAGUGCUCACAAGCUGUUGUCGCGAGCCCGAACCAACUCUCGCACCUUCACGACAUUCACCGCUCUUGGAAUGCCCGCUAACCCUCCCGCACAGCCUAUGAUGGCGGCUCAGUUUUCGGGAGCGCUUGCUGAGCACGAGAUGAAGCACACUUCGUUUACUGCCUUCGGGUUUCCGUCUCCGACCAGUUCGCCCGUCCACUCUGCACCUGCCUCACCUCGUCACUCGACCAGUUCCAUGACCGAUUUUCAUGCCCACCUAACCCGCCAACAGCCUGUGCCACUUGUAGGGUCUGAGGAGUUUGUUGGCCAAGGAGUUACUGAGUCUGAAGAGUACUACUAUUACCACCACCACCAGCAGUACCAUCGGCAGCAGGAAGUCCUCUUGCCAGAAGAUGAGGCCCAGGACCACGAUGGUGUCAACUACCUGCCCUCGUCUGCCCCCAUUGUCAUGGAGUCGGUUCCGUUUACCAAGAAGGGCGGACAGGAUGAUGGUCAAUCGAGUAGAAGCAGCAGUCGCAGCAGCAACCACGGUCAAGCCGACUUUGAAGGCUCUACAGUUGUCAGUGGUCGCGAGAUGAUUGUCGAUGGAACAGUCGUUACGAAGCGCCCUAGCGGACUGAGCUUUAUACGCAAGCUCAGUUUGAAGAAGAAGUAG